AUGUCGGACAUGUCUCCUCCCCAUGCUGCAGGCAAACGCUUUGGGACCUCGGGGAAAGGACAAAUCGAGACUGGAGACUGCUACUGUGUAGGUGUUCUGCAAGAAGCCAAGUCCAGGCAUGAAGCUGUGAUAGCUGUACCUGCCUUGCAGGCAGCAGAGCUGCCUGUGAGAGCCUGGGAGACAAAGGCCAUGCAGCAGAUGAAGAGCAAGUCCAGUGAUGGACAGCUCAGGUCAAAAGGAGCAGAUGCUGUACCAGUUCUUGGACUGACAGACCCAAGACUCUGCUACUUACUGGAUGGAUUCCUAUUCAUUUAUGCACUCGUCAUGACAGCCCUUUUUGUGAAAACGAAGCUUAGCCAGGCCUCUGAACCACAACUGCAACCAGGCCAGGACGAUGUGUACAAUAAACUGUCUCGUGGACACAGAGAUGAAUAUGACGUUCUGGGGGCAAAGCGAGGUACAGACCCUGAGCUGGGCGGGAGACACCAGCAGAGAAGAAAGAACCCUCAGGACACCGUCUACACUUCACUGCAGAAGGACAAGAUGGGCGAGGCGUACAGUGAAAUCGGAAUGAAGGGAGAGCAGCAGAGGCGGCGAGGCAAAGGAAACGAAGGUGUCUACCAGGGACUCAGUGCAGCUACCAAGGACACUUACGAUGCUCUCCAAAUGCAGCCUUUGCCCCCCCGCUAA